AUGACUGCAGCCAACUAUUGGAAACGUAUUUGGAAAUCAGAUAAUCGCCCAUUACAAUGCGGCAAUGAAAACAUAGUUACGACAUGCAACAUGCAACAUGUAACGUGUACUAGCCAUUCGUUCACUCUAACGCCCGAUUUGGAUGCAUGUACUUUGCAAGUAAAAAGCGAACCCGUUACAGAAUUCGUUCAAAACCUGAGUAAAGAUUUGCUUGCUGUUUUAAAACAUGAUUUUCUCGCGAAAUCACAAGCACAGUAUGUCGUCGAUAUUAAAAAGAAUGUGAUUGAGAAAGAAUACGUCGUUUGCCAAAAUUCAGUGCAAUCAGAAUACUGGAACACAACGCAGGCAACAAUACAUCCUUACGUUGUGCAUUACGAAGAAAACGGCGUAGAAGAGCAUACGAAGUUUGUGAUAAUUUCUGAAGCACUGGAACAUGACAGUUCCGCAGUCAAUUUGUUAAAUUUAAAAGAAGUCGCACUGGAGGCAGCAGCAAGAAAACUAACGAGCGCGGCGCCCUCAGUGUCUGGGGCGGCAGCGGAGAUUCGGAGAACGACAAGCAACCGCAAGCAAGCAGCCGCAACAACAGCAACAAAAGUCACUGCAAACAAUUUGUGCAAUAUUAGAGCAGCAACAGCAGCGAGCGCGGCUGCGACGCCAACACAGCGCAGGAUAAUGUGCAGCGCGAAGACUGUCGAGCCGCAUGAACAGUGCCACAAAUGCACGGACGAGCAAUGUGAUGACAGCAGUAGAAACAACAAUUGCAACAACAAUGCCGAUUGCUAUGACAUGCAAGAUGUUGAAGAACAAAAAGGAGCACAGCAACAACAUCCACAGCAGCAGCAGCAGGAAACAGUCGUGCAUGAUUCGUUGCUGUGGCGACAAAGGGGGAAGCAGCGCAACAAAAGGCAAUGGCAGUCAACGUGCGGCACACGCCGUCGAGCAGGAAUCAAGUGGAAAAUUAUAAUAUCAACAAUAAUUUUGCUAUUAUGCCGCAUAAGUCACGUGCUCGCCAUACGAAAGGGUCGUCUCAUGUCCCCGAGCUCAUUCACUGCCCUAAGCGGAGAUCUUCAUGUGCAGAUACAAUUUAGCGGUGAAGAUGUGGCUGCUGCCGUCGCAGUUGGCGGCAAUGGUGCUGUGGGCGUGGCCAGAGAUGGGGCUGAGGAUGUCGUUGAAGUGGCGCCUGAUGAGGCAAACGUGAGGAGCACAACAAUAGGAACAACAACAACCACGAGCAAGACGUCAGCGACGACGACGACAACGACUACAUCACGCACGACUCGUCCAUUAGGUGGGAUGAGCUUCCAUCAAGUGGGCGGUGGUGGUGGUGGUGGAUUGGGAGCUGUGGAGAAUACCAUUACAAGUACUUUGGUAAUUAGUAAAAUCAUUGAUGAUUUUGCGGAUACAAUAGACGCGACGCCGGGUAAUGAUACAACCACAUAUGCAUCGCCUGCAGAGAGCGCACAGUUCAAUGGCAGUUUAACAAGCAGUUCGAGUGCGGAAGUAACAACGCCAUCAGCGUGCAAUGACACCCACAAUCAAACGAUCCCAAAAAGGGUGUUAUACCGCAAACGCAAAGAAAUCGUUCAGAAUAUCCCUGUCUUCCCCGAUCCACGAAACAAUGUUACACAAAUAUCAGUACCCUGUCAGACAUUCACACGCGGCGGUCUUUACGAAAUGCAAGUUGUAACUAACCUGAAGACUACCGCGCCGGUUGCUGCCGUAAAUAGCAGCUCUCGUGAGCCAGUACCAACAGUGACCACCACUACUUUGAUGCCUGUUGUGGAUGAGCGUCUGCGUCAAACGCUUGACGUACGAUGGCCCAGCGCUGACAUGCAAGUGGAGCCGACACGCUUGCGCACCUACCCCGAUCAAUCGGUAGAGGUGACGUUACGUUUUCCGGAAGUAAAUUGUGAACGCGCUUGGCUUGAGAGCAACUCUCUAGAUCUUCCGCAAUUCUGGCUGGAGCUCAUCUACUGUGGCAAGCAACGUAGCUGCAAUGAAGUGCUGCCACAAAAUAUCAGCAAAUCAAGCAUUUUGUAUAUGGAGCAAGUGCGCGGUUAUCCGAAGCAUAAGCUGGUGCGUUUGGGGUGUGAACUUUUCGGUUUGGCUGGCAAUUAUGCAGUGCAAUUGCGCUCGAUGGUGCCGGCGCCGAAUGUGCCGAUUACGCGUCGAUUUCUGAGCGUCGACUGGAGCGAUAAAUUCGUUUUUAAUGUGUAUGCGCGCAGUAUCUUUCCUUGUGACCCACAUACGGGUAUUGGCGUGCUUUACGAAUAUCCGUCCUGCAUACUCGAGCAGGGUGAUCGUGUGCGCGUGUUUGCCAAAUUGCGCGCCGAUGUGGCGUCGCUGAAACCACCUACUACGUUGCACUAUGUGGCCGAACAGCGAGUGGUGAAGAGUCACCAUUCACUCUACUUCAGCUGUGAACUGUUCACAGAAAAGUAUGUGGAAUAUUGUUUUGUGUACGUGAGUCAGGCCAUAUCGGGCGCGGUAGCUGAUGUGCGGAUGGACUGUGUGCCCACGUUGCCAGUCAGUGAAUCCGAUACUGGCGGCUGGGGACCGUGGAGCGAAUGGACACACUGCUCGACAAAUUGUCUAGGUGGCACGCGUAAUCGCUAUCGAUUUUGUGACUCGCCCCCACCGCGGUAUGGCGCAAAGUUCUGUGAAGGUCCCUCUGUGGAGACAGAGAAAUGCGGCAAAGCCAUCGCUGAUACUUGGGAUUGCAUUUACGAGAGCAGUGGCGCUACUUUUACAGCCGCCAAUCGCACUGAGGUCAGUCAAGAGAUUGGUCCCGGUUGUCGCUGUGGCUGCAUUGUGCAUUUGGGUUCGUCGAAACCGAAACGUAUUUUAGCCGGAGCCACACAAAGCUGUCCAGGUCGUUCGUUUUGGCUCAUACAGGUGGAUGGUGAGGAGAAUAUAGCGCUUAGUUUGAACUUUUUGCGAUUACCCUGUCCGGCGCAGUACAUCAAGGUACGUGACGGACCGUCGCUCUCAUCAACGCUGCUCAUUGAAUUGAACGGUGGAAGUAAUUUAAAUAUGCCAGCACAAAUAGAAUCGAGCGGCGCACAAUUGUUGCUGGAGUUCUAUGCAGGUGAAGCGAGUGAUGUGGCAAUGUCCGCCAACAGCAAAACCAACGACAGCAACAACAACAACAGCAGUGGCAAUGCACGAGUGGUAGGUGGCGGUGUUGGAGAUGUGGUCGGGGCUAACGUAAAUGCCGCUUGCACCGGUGGCUUUCUGGCGAAUGUCGAGCAAAUUGCAGCGCGCAAUGACACAACAACUUUGCUGGCCGCAGCAACCAGCAGAUUGUCGGCGAAGAGUCGCAGCAUUAUGCAGAAGCCAAAAUUUAGUCGUUCGAAAUUUACGUUGGUCCACUUGAGUGCGGUGGUCUUUGCCAGCAUCAUUAUCUUGAUCAGCGCCUUGUUAGGCGCGCAAUAUGUUGUACGCUAUCGCAAAUACCAUUUGGCAGUGGCGCGCCGCCGAGAUGAGGGCUCCCGCCUGCACACACCGCGCGCAUCAAUGAGCUCCUUGCAUGACCCUCCAUCACGCGCCAUUUCAACUACAACGCUGCUAUCGGAGGUCAUCUAUUUGGUGAAAAUGCGUCCGAAACAUCAGUUACGCCAUUCCAUACUGCGGGAGAGUGUCGAUGCGGAGAAUUUGGCACACGAAACGGAAUUCAAUGACCCCGAGGAAGAAGAUGCACAAACGACGACACGCAUGGUGAAGUGUGAUGAGGAGCGCGGCAGCAAUGCCUCCGUUGUCACUUUGCGCAACGAAAUCUCUCAAUCGCCUGAGUCCGUGAGUGGACUGAGUCGUUCGCCCUCGCUAGAUGAAGCUCUGGGCUCAACCACUGUCGCGGGUGAGACGAGUGGCAUUUGUAGUGGCACGCUGACACGCAAAGACAGCAGCAAAGACACCGAGUCGAUCAUAUCCUCGGGCAUGAGCUCCAUUUGCGCCAGUCCGCCCAUCACACACUCAGGCCGCUUCAACCGUUACGGUCCCUCGGGCACGCUGAUGCCACAUUUAUCACAGCACUUAGAUGAAACAACACUUAGCGAUCGCGAAUCGUUGCGUUCAUCAUUGCGCAACUACGUGUCACGUUGUGCGAGCGCAUCGUUGACAAAUGGCUGCUACUCGCCCGCCGCCAGCGUAGUGAGCACAGCCACCAUACGCACCACCAAUCCCAAGGAGAGCAAAGAGAAACAGAAUCGCAAAAAGUUGCUGGCACGUCCCGGCUCCGAAUUCUCGCUUGGCAACCAGGAAGAACUGGAGCUCGACUACUACGAUUACAAUGUGAUAAAUGCUGGCGCCGCACCGGGUUCCUAUUUGGGUAUGGAUCCCGCACAGCUGAUCUGGGUGCCACCGCUUGAGGUGAUAUCCGAUCUGUGCGACGAGGAAGAUAAAACGCCCGAACCUACGGACGAACCCGACGAGACUGAGCCACUCUACGAGGAAAUUAAAAUGCCGCGUUACGGUCAUUAUCUGAGCGCGCGCAGCAACACCGAGUCGAGCGCCAAUACCACCAGCAAUACGACACCAUCAUCCGAUGAACUCUCACCUUUAGCCAGCCACGUGCAAUCGAAGGCGUCCUCUCCCACAACCGAAAUGAAUCUGAAAAAUAGUCUGCUGCAGCAAACCAUAUCCACAACUGCUGGCAGUAAGCAACCAACACCAUAUUUCUCGCGCAAGCAACGCCGUCAAGCAAAACAGCAGUCGAGAUCGGCUUCUUCACUACGAAGUGGACGCGAUGUUAUCAUACCUUUACAACACUUAAGCGGCACCAAAUCUGUACGCACGUCACCAACAGCGUCGGAGCUUAUAGAUUCGGUGGAUGCAACACCGCGCAGUUCACCUGAAAUACCCAUAGCAUUAGUCAAUUCCAUAACCGACUCUAUGGCUGAGUCCAUGACUGGUUCAUAUGUGGAGAAAGAGACUGUGGUGGAGAAGAAGACUACGCCAGAGUUGAGUGGGGGCCUACUCAGCUUAGACGAUAUACAAUUCGCUGAUGAAAGUGAAAGUGAUCACGAUGCAUCCAGCAAGAAGAAGACCAAAUACGAGCUACUGAACACGGAAAGUGAGGCAGUCAAGCCGCGCAUGCGCAACUCAUUAGUAGUGGCAAAACUGAAGCGUAUAAGCGCCGACAGUGCAAUAUUGGAGAAACGAGGUCUAGUCAGAGAGCCAAGCUCGUAUCGGAUCGAAACAAAUGUAUGAGUAAUAAAAAAUUGGAAUUAUAAGUAUUUUUUGGUGGCGCAUGGGCGCGAACGAGCAGAGCUCACAAUGAUUUGAAGAGUUACAUUACAUGCAUACAUACGAUUACUCAUAGAAGUAAAUAAUUAGUAAGCGUAAAGGAAGGAGGGCUAAGAUUAGCUGAAAAUUGUUCCAUUUUACUAUAAAUUCUAAUUGUUUCGUUUUUCUUGUAAAUACAUAUACAAAUAUAUGAGAACAGUAUUUAUUUAAUAAUAGACGAAACAAGAAAUAAAUAGAUGUGUGUGUGUACUGUACUAAAAUAGUGUAAAAUGGCGUUUUCUAAGUACUUAAACCGAUCGUAUUAAAUACCUAAUGACAAAAA